AUGUGGCUUCCUCACUAUUUACUCGUUUUCGUCUCGAUUGGCCAGCUCGUAGCUAACACUUGCGCCUUCCUGUCCCCCGGAUCAAAAUUUUGGCGUCCGGAGAGGCACGCGCCGGCCGAAUUUUUGGCUGGCACCACCACAGGCUCAUUCCUGACCUUGCCCCAUGAACAAGCAAUCACCGCUUUCAAGACUGAGAUCGCCACUCUCAACACCCUCUUUCAAAAUUUGCGCGUUGGAGAUUUACGCCAUUACUCGAACCUCCAAAAAAACGCAUAUAAACAUCUGCACCAAGUCUUAAACUAUCUUCUGCACCAUCAUUCCAUGUAUCUGGAACAUCUAGAGCAGUGGUGCGGAGCACUCACCAAUAUAGCAAUUGAGAACGAGAGUGGAUUUGGACCGAUUUCUGAUUCUAUACUCUAUGCUUUUCAUACUCUCCAACUGAGACAUCGCCGCAAUACCCAUCUCACGGAGGCAUUACAUGGCAUGGUGAGUCGCCUUAUGCCUCAGCCAUCCGGUAUCUUGGUUAACGUCGGUUCAUGGGUGCCAUGGUCGCAUGAGCUCCGUCAUCCUCAUCUCGGUUUCACUCGGGAAUUUCUUUCAUGGGAACACCAUCUCAAGCAGGUGUCAUUGGAUGAACCGAGAUUAAGACCUCUAGGAGUAGCCAUCGAUGAAAAUAACACGGGAUACAUUACCCAAAACCUGAAAAAAAUCAUCAAAGAAAUCUUCUCGAUUGAACCAGCAAAUGACCUGUCGGCUGAAACUAGAGUAGCCUCAAUAGCUGUACUCGUUCAUUUGACGACAAAUUCAGCUAAUAAAUCUAUCAAGAAGGAAAGGGCUAAACUGAUGAAGUCACUCAUAACCAAAAGAAAGUGCUACUUCUUACUCAGUCAUGAACGCGCACUACUGGGAAGCUCGUUAAAAUCCCUCGGAUACAGCAGUCCAAUAAAUUUACCGGAGAAGAAGGUCAGCAAACGGGCGGUUUGCGACGUGAACAUCUGA